GGGGAUGGCACCUCAGACCCGGCCAGUCCGGCCACGACCUGGUCCUCCGUGGAGUGGGAGAGGAGGGGUGGCGGGGAGUCCCCCAGGGAGAAUGGAUGCGGGCGCUUUCGGGGACCGAAUGUGAGCAUCAGCUCCCUCCGCUCCCCCAGGAUCGCGGCGUGGGAGCGCGGUGCUCAGGAAGAGGCGCGGAGCGGUUGCCACAGCCGGGUUCGGGAGAGUAGAAGCAUUGCCUCAGGCACACCGCCACCGCAAUGGCUGCUCUCGGGCACACGUUCCCCUUCUAUACCGGCCCCAAGCCGACCUUCCCGAUGGACACCACCCUGGCUGUCAUCAUCACCAUCUUUCUAACUGCCUUGGUCACCUUCAUCAUCAUCCUCCCUGGCAUUCGGGGCAAGACGAGGCUCUUCUGGCUGCUGCGGGUGGUGACCAGCUUGUUCAUCGGGGCUGUGAUCCUGGCUGUGAACUUCAGCUCUGAGUGGUCAGUGGGCCAGGUCAGCACCAAUACGACCUACAAAGCCUUCAGCCCUGAGCGGAUCAGCGCUGAUGUGGGGCUGCAGGUCGGGCUGGGAGGGGUCAACAUCACGCUCACAGCCACCCUUCCCCCAGGGACCCCAGUGCAGCAGCUGAAUGAGACCAUUGCGUACAAUGAGGCGUUCACUUGGCACCUGGGCAAGGACUAUGCUGGGGAGUACGCAGGGGCCCUGAGGAAGGGGCUGCCAAACCCUGUCCUCUACCUGGCCGAGAAGUUCACCCCGCACAGCCCGUGUGGCCUGUACAACCGGUACCGCCUGGCGGGACACUACGCCUCUGCCAUGCUGUGGGUCGCCUUCCUCUGCUGGCUGCUGGCCAACGUCAUGCUGUCCAUGCCUGUGCUGCUGUACGGCGGCCACAUGCUGCUGGCCACUGGCAUCUUCCAGCUGCUGGCGCUGCUGUUCUUCUCCACGGCCACGUCACUCACCCCACCCUGUCCCCUGCGCCUGGGUACAGCGGAGCUGCAUACCCACCACGGACCUGCCUUCUGGAUCACACUGGCCACAGGACUGCUGUGCCUGCUGCUGGGCCUGCUCAUGGCACUGGCCCACAGGAUGCAGCCCCACAGGCUGAAGGCCUUCUUCAACCAGAGCCCGGAGGACCCCACACUCGAGUGGAAUCCUGAGGAAGGGGGGCUGCUGAGUCCUCGCUACCGGCCCAUAGCCGAGAGCCCUGUGCCCCCCGACAUUCCUCUGUCCCAGGCUCCCUCUGAGGCCUGCUGUGGGGAGGAGACCCCCGCCGAGCCUGACUGUGCCCUCUGAGGUCCCUGUCCCAUCCCGAUGGGCGGCUCCUCAGGGAGCUGCAGCAGGUCCUCAGCUCCCGGACGGAGCAGGUGGGAGCUAAAGGAGGCUCCACCCCGUGAUGCUAAAGAGAACAAACCCAGAAGCCCCCCCCCAUCUCCCUGUCACCCCUAAAGCGGGUAGCCCCUAUUUCUGCCCAGCAGCCCCGCCUUUCCUGGGUGCUGGGCCUCCUCCGGGUGCCCAGCGUUCCUCACACAUCUGUCAGUGUCAUUCUUCCACAGACCUGUCCCUUUGUACCUCUUGGUGUGUGUGCAUGUGUGUGCGUGUGUGUGUCCUCUCCGUCUGCACUGGAGACCACCAGACAGCUCAUUCUGGCUCCAGCAUUAACCAGCCAUGCCACGUUUGACCUUCAGGUCCCAAAUAUACUCAAUAAGACUAGGAUUUGCCAACGAACGACCUUUAAGAAAGUAAAGUCCUCGAUUUACUGUUAUGCCUCGCUGACAUCUACUUCGGCCCCCAGACACCACUCCAAAAGAAAACAGCUGGAAAGAGUGAAUCACUCCAAAAACCCCCUUCUUCCCAGUCCAUGCAGCAGGGACCCCGGGAGAGAGGAAGGGUGACCUUCCUGGUCACAGCCCUGCACGCCCUCCCCGGCUGCUGGGGUGGUUUCCGCUCCUGCGUCACUACACUAGAGGGCGCUCCUCCAGAGCCUGUCUGGGUCUCGGGUUUCUCCAGCGCUAGGAACCGGGUCGGGACACAGAAGUGGGCCGUCCCAGACCAGCGAGGCCUUCCGAGGGCGUGUGGCCCAGAAUCGGGAAAAACCAUGGAAAUUAAUGGGCCGGGGAAGUUU